UCAAAAUACGUAUAGGAUAUUUCAUAUUGCUAUCUUGAAUCGUCACGAGGACAUCUUAAAGAUGAUAUACCAGAUUGGUUCUAUUAAGAAUGUGAUGACAAUAUACAAAGAUAGAAAAGGAAAUAAUAUGUUGCAUUUGGCCGCAAAAGUACUGGAAUCACCAAGUCGACUUAAUGUUAUACCAGGAGCAGCUUUACAACGUUACUGCAACGCGAAUUGCUGUGGUUCGAGGAAGUGAAAAAAGUCGUUCAACCGCACGGCACAUUGAAGAAAAAAAUAUUCGUGGGAAAACUCCAGGAGCUUUAUUUAUAGAACAGCACAAGGACUUGAUGAAAGAAGGGGAGCUAUGGAUGAGAGAUACUGCCGAUUCAUGCAUGCUUGUAGCAACACUUAUUGCCACUGUGGUUUUUGCAGCAGCUUUUACCUUGCCAGGAGGUAAUUUACAAGAUAAAGGGACUCCUGUUUUCCUUGAGAAACCUGCAUUCAAAUUCUUUGUCAUAUCAGAUGCAAUAUCUCUAGUAACCUCUGCUUCAUCCUUGAUAACCUUCUUGUCAAUUCGCACUUCUCGGUACGCAGAACAAAAUUUUCUUUGGUCAUUGCCUAACAGGUUGAUUAUCGGACUCACAACACUUUUUAUAUCAAUCGGGGCAAUGAUGGGAGCCUUUGUUGCAGCAUUUUUCCUCGUUUUCAAAGAUAAAUUACAACAAUACUCUAUCCCUAUUGUUGUCGUUGCUUCUUUGCCAGUCAUUUUCUUCAUUUGGCAGCAUUACCGUUUAUUCCUUGACAUGAUUCAUUCAACUUAUACGUCUCGGUUUCUUUUCAAGCCAAAUAAAUCUCCUCUCUUUUCUAAACGAGUCAAGCCAAAGGUUUCUUAGCAUGCUUCAAAUAUUCAAGUUGAAUUGAUUGUGUGCCUUGCAUGUUCUACUUUUCAUUAUGUAAAGAAAAGGUGGUGUAAUUA